AGGCCAGCUGUGUUGUGAAACUGGUUCAUCAAUCUCUCUUCUCCUCUUAAUAUUUCUCUCAUAUUUAUUUUUGUUUGUAGAUAAACAGUCUAUAGACUAUUGAAUUGAGUAAUGAUGUGAAUAGAGAAAUAGUGGGUUUACUUCUCUUGUGGGUUUGGAUUUGAUUUUAUUGUUUUCUUUGUGUGUGUUUUGGGUUUUGUUAAAUAAAUAGUUUUGAUUUUUGCAUGGGUUCAGAGGGAGAAGAGGUUGUGAAAAAGGAGAAGAAGUAUGGGGAAGCUAAGAGAGAGUUGUUGUUGUGGUACAAUUCUAGUAUACAAAACAACUGUAAAAGGUGGUCUAGUUUUAAACAUGUCAGUUGUUUGUAUAAGUGAAAAAGAAAAUCUUGCUCUAAACACUGCUUGAGCUCUUAAAGAUCCACUGAAAAAUUCUAAACACACACACAAACAACACUAAACAAAGACCUAAAAGAGGUUUUGAUCCAUCUGUUGAACAGUUUUUGUUUCACUACUUCAGUCAUGAAGAGAUCACUUGGCAGCUCAGAUUCCUUGGGUGCUUUGAUGUCAAUCUGCCCAACAACAGAUGACCACAGUCCAAGAACCAAUCAUGUUUACAGCAGAGAAUUUCAGUCCAUGUUGGAUGGUUUAGAUGAAGAAGGUUGCAUAGACGAAGGCGGGGUUCACAUCACAGAGAAGAAGAGAAGAUUAAGCGUAGAUCAAGUUAAGGCCUUGGAGAAAAAUUUCGAGGUUGAAAACAAGCUUGAACCUGAAAGAAAAGUUAAACUUGCUCAAGAACUUGGGUUGCAACCGAGACAAGUUGCUGUUUGGUUCCAAAACCGUCGAGCUCGCUGGAAAACAAAGCAAUUAGAACGAGAUUAUGGCGUUCUUAAAGCCAACUAUGAUGCUCUUAAGCUCAAUUAUGAUGCUCUCCAACACGACAAUGAAGCUUUACUCAAAGAGAUAAGAGAACUGAAAUCAAAGCUGAAUGAAGAAAACAGUGAAAGCAAUAAUCUUUCUGUGAAAGAAGAAAUAAUUGUGCCUGAAACUGAAAACAAAACACUUGUUGAAGAAAGUAAGCCACCGCCUCCGGUGAUAACUUCUUCACUGGCUGUGUCUGAGACUGAUCAAGAAGUUCUCAAAUAUGGAGGAGUGGCUUCAAUCUUCCCGGACUUCAAAGACGGGUCAUCAGACAGUGACUCAAGUGCAAUCUUGAACGAAGAUAAUAGCCCAAACGCGGCCAUUUCCUCAUCUGGGAUCCUUCAAAACCAGCAGCACAGUCUCUUGAUGUCUCCGGCAUCUUCUUCAUUAAAAUCACUAUCUUGCUUCCAGUUUUCAAAAGCACCAACUUAUCAAACUCAGUUUGUGAAAAUGGAAGAGCACAAUUUCUUUGCAGAGGACGCCUGUAAUUUCUUCUGCGAUGACCAACCUCCAACUCUUCAAUGGUGCUGUACUGAGCUAGACAUAUAAAGCUAGAAUAGAAGUAAAAAAAAAAGUAUGUAUGAUUUGAAUGAUCUAAGAAAAGAAGGUAAGAAGGUAUUGCAUAAGUGGAAAAAGGAAUGAAGGAGGAUAAUGAAUAUUAUUAUGAAGAAGAAGAGACAAAAGAGAAGAGAGGUGAUGAUGAGGAAGAUGAAGAUGAAGAAGGGGAAGAAGGUUCACGUGGGAGAUGGAUGAGAGGAUUAUUCAGAGAGGAGUGUGGGAAUGAUUAGGUCGUAAUUGAAAGAGGCUCUUUUGUUGUAAAAAAAAAAAAGAAGAUGAAAAAGAUUGAAAAUAUUUUCAAACCCACCGGGUUAAUGGAGAAAUAAUCAUUUUCUA